CGCGGCCGCCCUAGCCGUGCAGUACGCGUUGUGAAUCUUCAGAAUGCUGUACACAUACCUGUCGGUGUGGUGGCUGGUGAUCGUGGCGACGCUGUGCGCGCCCGAGCACGCGCCCAGCGCCGAUCACGACCCGCACGGCGCUGACGCACAUGAGUCAUCAGAGGAGCACGUAGCGCCGCUAGAGAAGCGCUCGCCGCACUACAACUUCGGCCUCGGCAAGCGCGCCUACAGCUACGUGUCCGAGUACAAGCGCCUGCCCGUCUACAACUUCGGACUAGGGAAAAGGUUAGCACACUGCCAAGUUACCUCUGACCAUCCUCAGGAGUCAUCAGAGGAGCACGUAGCGCCGCUAGAGAAGCGCUCGCCACACUAAAACUUCGGCCUCGGCAAGCGUGCCUACAACUACGUGUCCGAGUACAAGCGCCUGCCCGUCUACAACUUCGGACUAGGGAAAAGGUUAGCACACUGCCAACGCUCGCCGCACUACAACUUCGGCCUCGGCAAGCGCGCCUACAGCUACGUGUCCGAGUACAAGCGCCUGCCCGUCUACAACUUCGGACUAGGGAAAAGGUCUCGCCCAUACUCGUUCGGGCUGGGCAAGCGCUCCAUAUCCGAAGAGGACCAAGAGGAAGAGCUGGCCAACGACAUCGAGCAGGCGAUGGACAGAGAACUCUUCGACCAGUAUGACGAUGCCCCUGUUUACGAAGAAAAACGCGCUCGACCAUACAGCUUCGGCCUCGGCAAGCGCUUCGCUGACGAGUUAUCAGAGGAGAAGCGCAAGAUGUACGAUUUCGGCCUCGGCAAGCGACUACCGCUCUACAACUUUGGACUCGGCAAGCGCGCUAGGGGCUACGACUUCGGCCUCGGAAAACGGUAUAACAGCAAGUUCAACUUCGGCCUAGGGAAGCGAGAGAGGGAUAUGCACAGGUUUAACUUCGGCCUCGGAAAGCGGUCCGCUGACGAUGCCUAUGAAAGUGUUGAAGAGUAAAUUUAGUUUUUUUUGUUUUGUGAGAAAUUUCGUGGAUGGUUUUAGUAGCUUUUCUUUGAUAAUUGUUAAAAUAAAAGCAAUUUGAGAAAAUCAAUAUGUGAUGUAAAAUAUUUUGAAAAUUAUUGUUAAAUAUUUUGUAAUUAAUUUAUCGGGUUUAGCUUAAUUAUUUAUUUUUUAUAUGGAACGGUUUACUUGUGAAAAAUCCAGCCAAUUUUCACAAGUAAAUCAUAAAUAGGUAUUUUUUCCACGUAACUUCUCACAAUCGACUUAUUAAAUAUAAUGUACAUUUUUUUAAAGAUCUCGAACUGCACUAAAAAAUCCUUCAAUUAUUGUAACUAUAGAAAAAAAACUAAUACUUUAUAACAAAUAAUCAACUCCAGAAUGGCCUCAUAAACUUAAUGGCUACAUUUGUAAAAUCUACAUUUUAAAAAGAGAAUAUUUUUGUCAAUUUCCUGUUUCUAAAUUACUAAAUAAAUAAACUUCGCCUAACUACUGGACUCUGAACAUGUAUUUAACGUAAAAUUCAAUUAAAUUUGUUUUUAUGUAAAUUGUUGUUAUACAUCCAAGUUAUUUAUGUAAAAGUUGAAAACUAAGCUAGGUAACACUUAAUGAAAAGCAAAGUCACGAUUCUUUUUUUACAAUUUAGGUAAUUUAGAAUGAAAUUCGUAGUGCCAUAAGUGUCAAUAUCAAAUGUUAAAAAACAUUGACAUUUUAAAAACAUUUCUUUUCUCCGUUGGAAUCGUGACUCUAUGAGUCUAUGACUCAUUCUACCUAAUUAAGUAUUGAUAUAAGUUUCCUUAAAGCAUAAGAUGUGUUGUUUUCAAUAUAAUCAUUAAAACAAUUAUACAAAUCAUAGCAAGAUUGCA